AGGACGAAUAACUCACAAUAUCGCAAAACAAGUAUAAAGUACAUGGGAGAUGUGCGUGACAUGUGCGGGUAUACGCGAGUCGCGAGACGCCGGCAGCGGAGCCCAUCACAUCACACCACGUCGAGACGCCGACCAUCACAGGACACACGCGAGGCCUCGACGAAGUCAGAGCGAAUUACACGGCACGCGAUUACGCGCGCGCGCUGACCAUGGCGAGUGAGCAUCAAAGGUACUCGAGUGGUCGCGGCUCUGAGCCGCGACCGCCGCCCGUCCGGCGGCCUGGGGGAGGGAGCCUCGCCGCGCUCAGGCGACGAGCGGCGCACGGAGCGGGAUGGGCUCGGGGCCGUCGCGCUCCGCACCCAUCGGCGGCAGCGGCGCCUCGGCCGACGCGCGCUUGAGGCCGAGCGCCGCUCGCCGUUCCCGCCGCUCUUGCCGCGCCUUUUCGACGGCAGCCUCUUCCGCCGCCGCGCCGCCGGAGGAGCUCCUGCGGUUGAAGUUGCAAAUGCCCGAGUUCUUGCGCGCCCUCGGGUUGAAGAGCUUGCGUUUCGAAGCCGCCGGCGCGAGCGGCGAAACCGCCACCGCCGACACGUUGCCGCCAAGGUCGUCGGGCCGCGGCGAGAGGGCGGUCGGUUGCGUCCUCGCGGCCGGCGGCGGCGGCGGGCGAGCGAGCGAGAGCUGCCUGUCCUCGAAGGGCACCUAGGGGAGGAGGCACAAGGCGGGUGCGAGUGCGUGGUCGGCGGAGGC